GGCGCCACUACGCAUGCGUUUCCCGGACUGGUACCCUGGGCUGCACGCGCCGUGCCAUUGUCAAACGCGAGGACACACGGAAAGGUGCGGAACAGAAAGCGCGCGCCGAACCCUGACUGGACAUAGGUUAACGAACCGCCACGGUCCUGGUGUGAGUAUCGGUGAUCUUCUAAAGUCCACCUCAGUCACAGAAGCCUUCAUCUUCAUCCUCCUCUACUUUCACCUCCCUCUUCUCUUGACAAGACAUGCCUCCAGCGCUGGGUGGGCCAGUGGGGUACACCCCUCCUGAGGGGGGUUGGGGCUGGGCAGUGGUGAUGGGGGCCUUUGUCUCUAUUGGCUUCUCCUACGCCUUCCCCAAGUCCAUCACAGUCUUCUUCAAGGAGAUUGAGGUGAUCUUCGAGGCCACUCCCAGCGAGGUGUCAUGGAUCUCCUCCAUCAUGCUGGCUGUCAUGUAUGCUGGAGGUCCAAUCAGCAGUAUCCUUGUGAACAGGUUUGGCAGUCGGCCAAUCAUCUUACUGGGAGGCUGUUUGUCAGGGGCAGGGCUGAUUUCUGCCUCCUUCUGCAACACCGUUCAACAGCUUUACUUCUUCAUUGGAGUGGUGGGAGGUCUGGGACUGGCUUUCAACUUGAAUCCGGCCCUCACAAUGAUUGGUAAAUAUUUCUUCAAGCGUCGCCCCAUCGCCAAUGGUAUCGCAAUGGCUGGCAGCCCAGUCUUCCUGUCCACCUUGGCUCCUCUCAAUUCCUGGCUGUUUGAUGAGUUCGGCUGGAGGGGGAGCUUCCUCAUACUGGGAGGGCUGCUGCUCAACUGCUGUGUGGCUGGCUCCCUCAUGCGCCCCAUCGGAUCCAAACCUCAGCCUGCAAAUAGCGACUUGGAGAAGAGCAAGAAUAUUGCGGCUGAUGGUGCAGUUGAGCCACAGCCCAAGAAAACAGUAUUGCAAACCAUCAAUUCCUUCAUUGACCUGACACUGUUCAAACACCGUGGCUUCCUGCUCUACCUAAUGGGCAACGUCAUCAUGUUCUUCGGCCUAUUUGCACCACUUGUCUUCCUCUCCAACUACGCCAAAAGCAAGGACAUCAGCAAGGAGAAGGCAGCCUUCCUUCUAUCCAUACUGGCCUUUGUUGACAUGUUUGCCCGGCCCUCCAUGGGCCUCCUAGCCAACACCAAGUGGGUCCGGCCCCGGAUACAGUACUUCUUUGCCACCGCAGUCCUCUACAAUGGAGUGUGCCAUGUACUGGCACCUUUGUCAGUGGACUACACUGGCUUUGUGAUCUACGCCAUCUUCUUUGGGUUUGCAUUUGGCUGGCUGAGCUCAGUUCUGUUUGAGACACUGAUGGACCUGGUGGGGGCACAGAGGUUCUCCUCAGCCGUGGGCCUGGUCACUAUUGUUGAAUGUGCACCUGUGCUUCUGGGGCCACCACUAACAAGUAGUUUCUAUGACUACUACAAGCACUAUGACUACACGUACAUUACUUGUGGGAUCAUCCUCAUGGUCGCCAGCAUCUUCCUCUUCGUGGGAAUGGGCAUCAACUACCACCUGCUUGACCGUGAGAAGAAAGAAGAAGAGAAGCGAGAGAGGGAGGAGCCCAAGGAGGAGCGCGAAUCCAUGAUAGCCCCUCCUCCACCCUCAGUAGAAGAAGAGGAGAGCAGCACACCAGCCGCUGUCACAUUGGACGAUGUCACAAAGAUGGAUGAGGACUCUGUGUAGAGAGUAUGGAUUGUUUUUCAGGGGAGAUGCACACUUAAAUACACACAGCAACACACAGUCUUGAGUUACAUAUGCAGAAGUCUUACACUGCACACAGCAAGAGAGGCUAAUAUGUAUGCUUGCACAAACCCGUGGAGCUCUAUACAGCGGCACAGACAUGCCAUAUUCUAGGGACCCUUUUCUGUGACGUUACAAUAGCUUCAGUAUUGAAUGUGCCUUUGGUAAACUCUAGUCCCCCAAAAGCACAAAUGCACACAUUUUCAGGAGUAGAGGCAGGGGACUGAUAGACAGAAAGCCUGAAAGACAAUCAAUAAGGAUUUUACUCUCAGGGGCUUGAGCUGCCGUUAUGGUUUACAGACUUGCCCAAACAAAGACACACACACAUACACACACGCUCAAAAGCUAAUCAAACUUUUUUCUCUGCCUCUGUCUGGAGUCUUCUUGGGUCCAAGUGAGGCCUAGAGACACAGUUUGUUUAAUCAUAGUACUGAAGACAUACAUGCUCUCCCCAAAAACUCGCAUUGCUUUCCAUCUUAAUGGCUUGACAUUAACAUAAACAAAACAUCAUGUUUCAUUAGAUAUAGCUGCCCGUGCCAUUUAAAUGUUAAAUAUUCGGCUAUGGUGAGGUAGCAGAGUUAUAUGAAGGACCAGCAGAUCAGUGUUGAAAGUAUGGAGAGGGACUUGCAAGUUUUUGUUUUUUGUUUUGAUUACAAGUAUCUGGGGAGGAUAGUGAGAGAGAUGCUGUGAAAACAGAUAUCGCCAAUGAUAAUAACCUGUAGUCAAAAGAGUAAAACAAAAAAGAACGUUUAAAUUAAAUUGCACAGACUCUCAGAAGAAGCUCGUGACAACAGGACCUGACGGUCUAGUUAUUGCAAGAGUAUUAAAUUUUUAGUCUACUUCUGUGUAGUUAAGAGGUAGAGUUUACCUUUUGCAUUUACAUUUUACGUGUGUCACCACGUUUGUAGUGUAUUAUACACACUCCAGCCAAAACGACUCACAAUGCACCGUACUGAAACAAAUAACGAUCACACGACAAAGCUGUCGUGCCUCAUGGGUAAGCAGCUGCUGUACAGAAAGCCGAGCAUUGCUGUACACAGUGUUAAGUUACACCACACUCUGCUUUGUGUGACAAAAGACAGUCGUUUCACGACAUGGGAGGAAUGGGUGUGCACAUAUGGGCUUUGACCUGCCCUGUCGUGCCAAAAUAGGAACAAAUGUCACUCUGAAUAAUCACACCCAAUCAUGAUCUUAACUCCAUUGAUUUCAAAAGUUGGAAAACUCUAGUGUUGUUAUAAUGAAUACAUGAUAGAUUUAUAAUUUUAUGGGCAAAAAAGAUCUUUUUCAGACCUGUUUUAGCUAGCUAGCUUUAAAAUGACAAUCUAACAAGGAUCCUUUUUAAUGUUUUCGAUGCAUUUGGGUGAAAGCACGAAUGUAUGCGUGUUAGAGGAGAUAAUGUGUCUGUAAAUGGAAACUGGGCUAAUCUGAAGUCUAUGCUUGUCUCUACAUUUUUGUCACUUUGUCUUGGUAUAUUCAGGAUUAAUCAUUUUUAACCAUUACAUGUUGUUUAACUGUCCCAUGUCAAACUAUCCAGCAUCUGUUGUACAUUUGGUAAGAAAUGAACAACAGCUACUAAGUGAUAGAAACGCGUUCAAUAAGGUAUUCGAUACAUUAUUUUCCUUGUUUUACCAGUAAUUAACAGCAGAGGGCAGUAUUGUAAAGCAGACAAUGGUGCACACAAGGUAUGGGUCUGACAAGUACUGGGCCUCAGUUUAUUGGAAAAUGGACAUUUUACGCAGACUUUUUAAACAUGGAUGUUUCAUUAUCUGUAUGUUUCUUGUGUGAAAAAUGUGGCUCGGCAUCAGGAUAAUUACACAACUCGGUGUAAAAACUCAAACAUAUCACACAAAACCUCAAAUUUAUAUUGUUAUCUAUCAUUAUUAUUUUUUAACUUUACAUUUAACCAGCCAAACACAUCAAAAAAGGGAUGUAACCUUUGACAUCUGUGACGAGGAAGCUUUUCUUUACGCAAUAAACAGCUUAGUCGUUUCGAGGUUUGCUAUUGGAAAGUUUCUUUCCAUGACAACACCUUCGUCACUUUAACUAAUCUCCUUCAUCUUUCAUGUACUGAUAUGUAACUUCAGUCCGUUUUCCGAUGAUAUAUUUUUCAAAUGCAAAAUAAACUGUGCUUUUUAUUUUCUUCUUUAACCGAACACUGCUAUGCUUAGUAUUGACAAUAACACUUUCCAAAUCUCUCACCACAUGAUAUGAACUAUGCGCGCUUGUGUCUCCAUGAGGCAACCUUUUGGAAGUAAUACUUUGCCGAAAUGCUCUUUUCCUCUUCAGUCUAUCGUACCCUAGAGUCAUUGCUCAUGUCUGAUAACUUUCUCUUUGUUUUAUAAUGGAAACAUAGGUUAGGAAAGGCCAUCGUCGCCUACAGGUAAAUGAACCCACUCUAGACUAUAUGUUUACAAUGUGGGAUUUUUUUUUGGAUUUCUUUAGAACUUAUCACAGUGAUGCCAUUUGACUCGGUGAAAUUCAGACUCAUAACCGUUUCAUAUUGUUAAGUAUGUAACUUGGUUGGUUUCAUAGACCAGUGAGUCUAUGUUCGCCAGGCCUAUUUCAGCUGUAGAUAGUCAUUUACUAAGGUACUAAUGGUACCUGUGGGUGAGUCGUCCUAUGGCGUAAUUCCUCCUAUGCAUACCAGUACUGUGCAUACCAGUGGUAAGCAUCUGUGCCCUGCAUAGUUUUAAAUUAAAACCCGGUUUGUAUCCACUGAGGGUCAUUGACAAUUAAAGACAAGUGCAAUGCUUGAGGUGACUGGGCUAGAGAUUAGUAGCAGAUGGGAUUUACGAUUUUAAUAAUCAUAUUCAAUGUCAUUAUGAUUUACACCAGUAUGCAGUUGCUCCUUAGUAGUGGCAAUAAUUAGCUGAAGUGUUCACUAUGUACUGUCCUCUGAUUUAUGUUGAUUUCAUCAGAUCCCUGGUCUGACAAAAUGUGGGAAGAUUUUUUUUUUCCAAAAUUCACUUUGGACAAUUUUAGCUUGUAUAUUUUUAGUUUUUGAGAUAUGUAUUCCAAUUUUUUGGUUGGGAGGGCAAAGAAAAAUCUCGAAGAAUCGGAACAAAACCAUUUCAUUGAGACACUUUAGAUUUUGUUGUUUUGCAGUGUACAAGUGGCUGAAAAAUGGUAUUUUGCUCUAGCACCUUUUUUAUUUCUCAAAAAAAAAGAACAAAUUGUACUGAGUAUAUGUAAAAGAAGAUUUUUACCAGUGAUAUUUCGAACUGUGAUGUUUUAUGUUUGUACGCGUGAAGCCUUGUUUGUACGACUGGUGAGAGAUUGAAUAAACCUUUUUU